UCCCUCCCCUCUGCACCAAAUAAAGCGCUAGCAGAGAGAGACAGAGACGAAAUAGUACGAUCACUGAAGCAGAAGAAGAUCGAACGUCCCAUAGUCAUCAUAGCACCGGUCACCGGCAAAACAACCUCUCUCUCUCCCUUCAAACCAAACCAUGUCAGUCACCGGACCCUUCAGUCACCCAACAAACCUUAACCCAACAGCUCCGGAAUUCUUACCGGCGACGACAAACCUAAACCCAAACCCAUUCCCUUUCUUUAUUCCGACAAGAAUCUACUUCCCUCUUCCACCUCCUCCUCCGCCGCCGCCGUCUUACCCUUCUUUUUUCCAUCUCCCUCCACCUCAUCUUCUUCCACUAACUUCAGUAGCACCAACCAGAGCCCUGAUGCUGUUUCCAGUCACUGGCAACGUCACCGAGUCAUCUAUAAGACAAGACAUGGGACUGUUCGGCGAAGUCCGUGGUGUCCAAAUGGAGAGAGCAGACGAAGGGAUCGUGACCGUCCAUUUCUACAACCUGAGAACCUCGCAGACAGCUUUCAAUGAGAUACGUUACCGUCACAUGCAACAUCAACUCCACUUCACGGCGGCGCGUGGACAAGUCUAUAAUCAACCGGUUUGGGCUCAUUUCGUGUUUCCUCAACUCAAUGCUGUUCCCGAUGGAAACAAUCAAGGCACGCUCGUGGUUAUGAACUUGGAACCCACCGUCUCUUCCACUACCCUCCGUCACAUUUUUCAAGCUUAUGGAGAAGUGAAGCAAGUGAGAGAGACACCGUACAAGAGAGAACAGAGAUUUGUUGAGUUCUUUGACGUUAGAGACGCCGCAAAAGCUCUCCGUGAGAUGGACGGUAAACUUAUCUCCGGUAAACCAAUGUUUAUCCAGUUUAGCCGUCCCGGUGGUUUAACUAAAAAGCUCUUCCUCGCUUCACGCUUCCAUAAAAACUUCACCUUUGAUAACAACCACAGCCACUAUCAUCCACCACCAACGAUGAUGAUCUAUAGUAACCAAAUGUACGAGCAAAAACAGAGGAACAAUAAGAAGAAGAAGAAGAAGAAGAAGAAGCAAGAGAAGCAUAUGAAGAAGAGUUUUGAUGAUCCUCGUUUCAUGAUAAGGGAAAACGCUAUCGCCGCAGGCGAGAACAGAGACAGAAGAACCACCGUGAUGAUCAAGAACAUCCCAAACAAGUACACUCAGAGGCUGUUUUUGAAAAUGUUGGACACACAUUGUAACGAGUGUAACCAAAAGGUAAUCAAAGAAGGGAACAAAACUCCUAUGUCUUCUUAUGACUUUGUCUACCUCCCUAUUGAUUUCAGCAACAAAUGCAAUGUGGGAUAUGGGUUUGUGAACAUGACAUCACCAGAAGCAGUGUGGAGACUUUACAAGACCUUUCACAAUCAACAUUGGGGAGUUUUCAACACUAGAAAGAUCUGUGAGGUCACUUAUGCUCGAAUCCAGGGUCUUGAGUCGUUAAAGGAACAUUUCAAGAACGCAAGACUACCAGGAGUAGAGAUGGAGCAUAACAAGUACAUGCCGGUUCUAUUCUCUCCGCCACGUGACGGGGGGCUGCUGACGGAGCCUAUGGUCAUUGUUGACUCUUCGGAUAAUACUAAUGUUAAGCCAGUGGCUGAUGAAGAGAGCUGUAAUAGUAAUAACUCACGACGAGACGGGUUUGUGUCCGACAAGGACAUGGUAGGAAGUGAUGGUUGUUGUUGUCUUGGUGAGAGAAUCGAAAGCGGCGGCGUUUGAAAUGACGUAAGGGGAGAAAAAAAAAUACAAACAGGAGAUGAAAAUUUAAUGAUGGUUUCGGCUUUUAGGCUGCGAUCUAUAUGUGUAGCUCUGUGUCCAAUGCCUUAUCAUCAUCAUGUUCUUCGUUCUCUCUCUCUCUCUUCAUCUUUUGUUUUUAGGUUUUUUG